AUGACGCCGCCCUCCAUCUUCCACCACCAUCACCGCCUCCUCCCCAUCCCCUCCGCUUCCCCGACCCAAAUUCUAAACCCAUUCGCCACCUCGUCCCGUAGCCUCAACCAUCAACUCCCAAAACCUAUAGUCCUAUCCCUACCCUCGAGGCCAGUCAUCUCCUCCGCCUUCGCUGUCGCCGCCGUUGGCGAUGACGAGGAUGUUGUCGUCGGGGAUUGCCUCGUGUUCGACGACGACGCUUUCGAGGAACCGGACCUGGACCUCCCCUCGUCUCCGCUGCCGCGGGCUAACGGCCGGAGGGCGGAGGCCGACGAGGGCGAGAGCCUGGUGCCGGAGAGGUGGAGGGAUGCCGAGGAGGAGAUCAACCUGACGAAGAAGGAGAAGCACCGCAUCGCUCACAGGCUACGAUUCGGGAGCCGCCUCGAGCGGCGGGCGCCCCCGACCGUUGCCGCCCCUGAUGAAUUCCGCGCGUACCGCAAGGGGAUGCUGAGCGCGGAGCGUGACCAUAUUGCUUAUGUAUACCGCGGGCCGCUGGAGAUGGCUCUUCUGCAGGAGGUGGAGGAACCUCCACCGCCAGAGCCUGGGACGCGUGUGGCCCCGAGGAAUCCGAGGAGGGGGAUGGAUCUUGGCAGCCUUGAGGACAUUUAUAAGUUUUUUAGAAGUCGGGAGUAUGUUCAGGAUGAGAUGGAGGACAGCAAGAGCCCCAAGGGUGAGUUCUGA